AAACUCCUAUAACAUCGGUUCACUGACACAACUUCUUGUUCCUAAAUUACCAGAAACAACUACAACAAUAGCUUCUGCUAUUGAAUUCCUGGCAAGUCCUCGUUUCUGUUCUACUUCCUAAAGUGGUAGAGAAGGAGAUGAGAACAGCCUUGUUUACCAGUUGCAGCUUUGCCUGGACUUAUCAGCCAAAAGCAAUCCCCUCCCACAAUUUGCUUGCUCAGUCUUCACUUGAGAAUGGAGCUUGUAGCACCAAAUCUGAAGCGAGUUCAAGAGAAUAUGGUGUGCUUAAUGGAGAAGCUGAAAAGGUCUCUGGAAUCUUGAAGAGAAGAUCAGUGGUACUGUCUGGAGCUUCUUUGGUUUCUUCUGCGGUGUUGGGUUUUCCAGGAGAUGGCUUGGCCGUGAUUAAGCAGGGUCUUCUGGCAGGACGGGUUCCUGGUCUGUCUGAACCAGAUGAACAAGGUUGGAGGACGUACCGCAGACCAGAUGAGAAGUCCGGAGGGCACGGCGUUGGUUGGAGCCCUAUCAUCCCUUAUCUCUUCUCUGUUCCUCAAGGUUGGGAAGAGGUUCCAGUAUCAAUAGCUGAUCUUGGUGGAACAGAGAUUGACCUGAGAUUUGGUAGUGCCAACGAGGGACGCCUGUCGGUCAUUGUUGCUCCUGUUCUGAGAUUUUUGGAUAAUUUCGAUGGAGAUGCAACAAUUGAAAAAAUUGGCCGUCCAGAGACGGUGAUCAAUGCAUUUGGACCUGAAGUUAUAGGGGAAAAUGUGGAAGGGAAGGUUAUGAGCAUCAAUGUCGUUCAAGAUUCUGGAAGAACAUAUUACCAGUAUGAGUUGGAGCCACCUCAUGUUCUGAUCACAGCAACUGCAGCAGGGAAUCGUCUGUACUUGUUUAAUGUAACUGGAAGUGGUCUUCAAUGGAAGAGGCAUUACAAAGAUUUGAAGAAGAUAGCAGACUCCUUUCGUGUAGUCUAA